UUAAAUAAAAAAAGAAAAAAGAAUUUGCAACCUACCUUAACAAAUUACGUCAGCCAAUUUUCUUUUUUUUUUCUUUAUUGAAAAUUUAUUGAAAGCGGAUUUGAUAAAAGGGUGCGGAAUUACAGUAAUGAGUUACAGAAGGGAUCACCACUCUUCAAAAUCAGCUCUAUUUGAUGGCUUUGAUAAGCUUGAAGAAGGUGGUCUCAGGGCCUCUUCAUCUUUCUCUCAUGAAAUUGAGGACCAUGACAAUGAUAAAGCUAUAGACAGCUUGCAAGACAGAGUUGCCUUCCUGAAAAGAUUAACAGGUGAUAUACAUGAUGAGGUGGAGAGCCAUAACCGUUUGCUUGACCGUAUGGGCAAUGGCAUGGAUGCUACAAGGGGUAUAAUGUCAGGCACCAUGGAUCGGUUCAAGAAGGUGUUUGAGAAGAAGUCCAAUCGGAGAAUGUGUACACUGGUGGUGGGCUUUGUGGUUUCCUUCUUAAUUAUAUACUAUCUCGUUAGGAUGCUUAGGUAUGUCCGUGGUUGAAGAAACCACCAAAUUCUUGAAGUUGGAAAUUCAUUGCCAAGUCAAAGGUACCAAAAGCCUUUUUUUUUUUUUUCUUGAGAAUCUGGUACUACUUACCAUUUCCUGGCGUGGUUGCCAAUCCUAAGAAGAAACUGCAAUUGCUGUUUGACUAAUUAAAGCCGGGAAGUCCGCAUUUGAAUGUUGCAAUAUUGAUUUCAUCAAACUGUUUUUGACCAAAGAAAAGCGAAAAAUGUGAAGGAAACAGAGGAAAAAAAGGAUUGGAAUUUAGAUAUAAGUUUAUUGCAGUAACUUGUAAAAACAUGUUGACAAAUGACAAUGUUACUUCAAAGCCUAUUUAUAGAGACUUUUUCUUGGAAAAUUGAUGGAAAAUUUCUCUCUAAAACCAACUUGUUCUACGAGUUCUUGUUGACAAUGCAACGUUUGUACUCUUGACGAUUUCUUGCAGCAUAUUUAACUGCAGUCGCAUAGACAAUCUUGUACUUAAAAAAAUUUAAGGUCAAAAUCAUAAGAAAAUAAGUAAGAUUAAAUGAAUGGGUCAUUUUUAUUUCAAUUUUUUUAUACUUGAAGUUACCAGGACGGAGCCCAUGGAUAAACAUUGAAUGUCCUAUCGUUUUUUUUUUAAUCGGUCUCAUGUAUGGAGUUGGUGACAAGGAACAAGUAAAUGAUACAUACAAUUUCUCCAGCAACAAAGGGCCGAAUGCCAAUUAGACAAAUGUUGAAGUCAUAGAAUUUUAUUAAUGGGAAAUGAAGAUGUUACAGUUUGUCCAAUCAAACACACCCUAAGUUCUUGUAAGAAAAGCAAAACCACAUACCUUGGAUGCUCCACAAAUGUUUUUUGACGCUGACUUUCCCAUAUUUAUUGCACUUUAUUGGAUUUCCCUUGUCAUGAAUCCAGCAAUAUUGAUAUGGAAAAAUCUC